CACGAGUCGUUAGAUCGAGCCACGUCAUCUGCAGAUGGAAUUGUUACCGCACCGUAGCAUCUCGCCUUCUAUAUUCGUAUAUUUCUCCCUUUGGAUCUCUCCUUAAACCCUCUCCAUUUGAAAACCACAACCAACCCUCUCUGUUCUUUCUGUUCCAAUUCCUUCUAGUUUCACGGCAUCUUUUCUCUGCAAAUUAAGCUUAUUAACUCAUUUAUUACUUCUUCAUUCAUUAUCAUAGUUAUCAUCACCAUCACCUCCUUUCUGUUUUAGCUAGAAUUCGCUCUGAUGCCGAUGGCAACCGCGCCUGUACCGCCUCCGAUCGAUCAUGUUCUUUCGGCAGGGUCGACAAUGCUGCCGAUGCAACCACCGCCCCUGCUCAUUUCUGAUUCCUUUGCUAAGGACGCUAUGAUUUCCUGGUUUCGCGGUGAGUUUGCGGCUGCAAACGCUAUCAUCGACGCCCUCUGUGGUCACUUGACUCAGCUUGCGGACGCCUCUUAUGACUAUGAUUCCGUGUUCAAAGCAAUUCAUCGUCGUCGACUUAACUGGAUCCCAAUAAUACAGAUGCAGAAAUAUCACUCCAUAGCUGACGUGACGCUGGAGCUCCGCAAAGUGGCGGAGAAGAACACUGAGACUAAAGAAAUCGGGGAACGUGAAAGGAGGAUUGAGGAUUUGGGGAAUCAGCUGGAUGCUACAAAGAAAAUCGAGGAAAAAAGAACGGAGAAUAAUGUGAAUUCUGAAGGCGACGAAUGUCCUGAAGAGUAUGAUUCGCCCAACAGUGAAAUUACCGAUUCAGGAUGUCGAGAAAUGCAAGGAAGUUUAAUGAACAUUAGUAUAUGUUCAAAGCAUGAAGAAUGCGAAGGACGUUCUUCACAGAUAACGUUGAGGAAAGGUUUCCAAGCAAAGGAGACAGUGAGGGGGCAUACGGUAAAUGUGGUGAAGGGAUUGAAGCUAUACGAGGAUAUUUUCACCGAUUGUGAGCUCAACAAGCUCACUGAUUUUGUCAAUGAGCUUCAUGCUGCCGGCCAGAACGGAGAACUCUCUGGAGAAACUUUUAUACUAUUUAACAAGCAAAUGAAGGGAAACAAACGUGAGAUGAUUCAGCUGGGCGUACCAAUUUUUGGACACAUAAAAGAGGAUGCAAAUAGUAAUAUAGAGCCAAUUCCAUCUCUUCUUCAAAGUGUCAUUGAUCACCUUAUCCAAUGGCGUCUGCUUCCAGAAUAUAGAAGGCCAGAUGGCUGUAUCAUCAACUUUUUUGAAGAGGGGGAAUAUUCUCAACCAUUCUUGAAGCCACCACACUUGGAUCAACCUUUGUCAACUCUUCUUCUUUCUGAAUCAACUAUGGCUUUUGGGCGCACCCUUACAAGCGAAAAUGAUGGGACCUACAAAGGGCCAUUUAUGCAAUCAGUAAAGAAGGGGUCUCUUCUAGUGAUGAGAGGAAACAGUGCUGACAUGGCGAGGCAUGUCAUGUGUCCAUCCCCAAACAGAAGGGUCAGCAUCACCUUCUUCAGAGUGAGGCCAGACUCCAACCAAUGCCAGUCACCAACUCCUUCAAUGAUGAGUGCCAUGACAUUUUGGAAACCUGGAAUUUCUGGUCCAUAUGUGUCGCCGAAUGUACCUCCCAGUGGGCCCGAGGCAAUGGGAAUGGUACCCAGAUGGGGAAUACUUCGAGCUCCAAUGGUGAUGUUAGCCCCUGUGAGUCCUCGAAAAUUAGCUGGUGGUGGAGGAACUGGGGUAUUCUUGCCCUGGAAUGUGCCAUCCAGAAAACCGGCAAAGCAUCUUCCACCACGCGCCCAACGGGGACGACUUCUGGCACUACCUUCCUCAGUUGAAUCACACAUAUCAGACUCUUCUUCUGAACCCAGCAUCAGUGCUUGAAGGAAGAGUAUGUCAAUGCAAGAGUUAUUCCCUUUGUUCAACAAGGUCCACUUGUCAUUGGGAGUUUGGUUCUCACCAUUUUUUUUUUUUUGGUAUUUUUCUUUCAUUAUCUUUAGAGUAGAUUUAGUGGUGUUCACAAUAGUUUUUUCAUGGAUGCCAAUCAUAGUAGAGCAGUCAGGCAAGUUAUUUAUAUAAAGAGCUGAGUUUUGUAUGAAUGGUGAUUUCUGUUAAAUCUUCAUCUUCAACAAGCCAAACCAUUAGUGGGGAUGCAUAGGCUGUAAACGCAGAUCUUGCCCUUGUUAUUAUGUGAUGAUCAUCCCCAGUUCAGCUUGUUAAAUAUGCUGUAAACCUGUAAAGAAGCUACCGUGGUUAUCUGAUUAUCUGUCAAUACAAUCUGACCAAAGAAAAGUCAAGUAA